AAAAUCUCAUCUCGUUGGUGUUGUUUCUUUAUCCUCUCAUCUCAUCUCUGGCCGACAAAUAAAACAAAAAAAAACACACACCCACCUAAUCAUAGGCUUAUCCAUCUAUUGUCUGCAGGAUGAUGCAAAUUUUCAGACUAUUUUCCUCCAAAUUAUUUCGUAAUUUUGUUGUUUCUUUCUUCGGUUAGACGUUUCCCCUCCUCUGAUUCUUGAUCAGGGGAUGUAGUGGAAUCUUUCGGACAAAAGCUGUUUGAAUGUCCAACUUCUUUUCUGAACAUUUCGCGUGUUCUCGUUGUAUCGGCUCUAGUCUAGAAAUGUCUCUCGGCCAGGCAAAUCUCAAUCCUGUCGAAGUUUCUUCUGGGUCGCAUGUUUGCUUAUAUGACCUCUUAUGUUCAGAGACACCAAGAGGGACUCUUCAAAAGGAUUUACAGAUAUCUUCUGCUGAUCCCCAAGACCGGUUGGAGAAGUUGCUGGAGCAACCUGGGAAUAAAUAUUGUGCUGACUGUGGAUCUCCUGAACCUAAAUGGGUAUCUUUAAGUCUUGGUGUAUUCAUCUGCAUAAAGUGUUCUGGUGUACACAGAAGUCUUGGAGUUCAUAUAUCAAAGGUUUUUUCAGUUAAGCUAGAUGAGUGGACAGAUGAGCAAGUUGAUAUGCUUGUAGGGUACGGUGGAAACACUGUAGUGAACCAGAGAUUCGAAGCUUGCAACAUGGACCAGUCAAAGAAACCUAAACCUGAUUCUAAUAAUGAGGAACGCAAUGAUUUCAUUAGAAAGAAAUAUGAGCUGCACCAGUUUAUGGAUCCAAAAGAUGGUGCUUUGUGCAUUUAUCAGGAGCCUAGCAGAAUAAAUAAUACAGCACGGUCUUUAUGUUCUGCUAGUGGUAGCCACCGUUCUGCAAAAAACCGCAUUGGUCAUGCAUUUAGGAAUAGCUGGGGAAGAAGAGAAUCUGAUCACAAAUGCCCCAAGAAGAGCAACUCUAUGGCGGGCAUGGUUGAGUUUGUCGGAUUGAUUAAGGUUAAUGUUGUUAAAGGAACAAAUCUUGCGGUUCGAGAUGUGAUGACAAGCGAUCCUUAUGUUAUCCUUUCUCUUGGACAACAAUCGGUGAAAACACGGGUAAUAAAGAACAAUUUGAAUCCCGUGUGGAAUGAGACGCUGAUGCUUUCGAUACCUGAGCAGAUGCCUCCUCUCAAAGUGCUAGUGUACGACAAGGAUACGUUCACCACAGAUGAUUUCAUGGGGGAGGCUGAGAUAGACAUACAACCGUUGGUGAGUGCAGCAAAAGCUUACGAGACAUCAAGCAUAAAAGAACCGAUGCAGCUGGGGAGUUGGGUGGCGAGCAAAGAGAACACAUUGGUGAGUGAUGGGAUAAUCUCACAGGAAGAAGGAAAAGUGAAACAAGACAUAUCGCUCAGUCUUCAAAAAGUGGAGAGAGGUGUUCUUGAGAUACAACUUGAAUGUCUUCCUCUUACUCAAUGAUGUUAUUCUCUUUUCUGCCUCCUUUUUUUGUUGUUUUUAUUAGAGAUGCUAUUUUCUUCUUGAUCCACCUCAAAACAUAUGUAAAAAGAACCCAUAACUUGAUUUAAGAUUCUUCAGAACCAAA